AAACCCUCUUCUCUUACCUCAUCUGCUCUCACCGGGAAGAAGAAGAAGAAGAAAAAACCCUCUCUCUCCCUUCGCUUCUUCUUUCCUCACUCUCUCUCUCCCAUCUCCCCGAAACAGAUCCCACUCAGUGUUUUAAUUUGUUUUCUGCCUCCAUAGAUUCGUGAUCUUAGUGUUUGUUGAGUCGAGAAACAGCGAUGGCGACAGUUAAUGGGUACCAAGGGAAUAUACCGGCGGUCACUGCAGAGGCCGGUACCGGAUCCAAGAAAGCCGUUCCCGCAGCCAAGAGUGGUGAUACCCAAUCUGUGCUCAAAAGGUUGCAGUCUGAAUUGAUGGCUUUGAUGAUGAGUGGAGAUUCUGGGAUAUCUGCCUUCCCUGAAGAGGACAAUAUAUUCUGCUGGAAAGGGACCAUCACUGGUAGCAAAGACACUGUCUUUGAAGGAACAGAGUACAGGCUUUCCCUUUCCUUUCCAAACGAUUACCCAUUUAAGCCUCCAAAGGUGAAGUUUGAGACUGGCUGCUUCCAUCCCAAUGUUGAUGUCUACGGCAACAUCUGCCUGGACAUUCUUCAGGAUAAAUGGUCCUCUGCAUAUGACGUGAGAACCAUCCUGCUUUCAAUUCAGAGUUUGCUUGGAGAACCAAACAUCAGUUCACCACUGAACACCCAAGCAGCACAACUUUGGAGCAAUCAAGAAGAAUAUAGAAAGAUGGUUGAGAAGUUGUACAAGCCUCCAAACGCAUAAUUUGUGAUUCGGAGAUAGGGAGUUUAGAGGCUUUUGUUUCUUAGAACUGACAUAGCAAGAUAUCAGUUUUGUUCAGCACAUUUUUUUCCCUUUUUUUUCUUCCUCAAUUUCUGUUUGUAUGUUACUUCAUAGUUUUUAAUUAAUAAUGAAAGAUUGUUACUUUU